AUGUUCAUAGACACAGCGGUUGCCAACAGUAGAUCACGGCAGCCUCUAGUCAUCGUCUCUCCACGUUAUGCGGCACCAUAUUCAGAAUUACAUAGCCCUUUGUUGGACGACCUAAACAAUUCGAAUGAUGCACCACCUACGUAUCUGGAAGCCACAACGCCAGGCCUCUACUAUGGGCGGCCGAGCGGCGAUGAGGGUGCGACAUUACUGCACCGCGAUGAGCAAGAAUACAAGGAAUACUUGUACAGCGGACGAACGUUCAUGCAAUCGAUACGGACGAGAUGGGCUUCAGUGAUUUUAUUACCCGAGUCGUCAGCUCAGGCCGUCGCGAACGAGCCAACAGUAGAGCCAACCUCGAUCCAGGUGGCACAAUCAAGCCCAUCAGAAGGCAUGAUUGCGCCAGAUAUCAUCGCAACUCCCUGGCCCUCACAGAGCGUAGCGGCCCCGACACCAUCUACACACACAGAAUCGAAACAAAUCUUUCCCAUCCGAUGGCCAGCACGAUGCGGAAAGAAGUACAAUGUGAAGACCGAUGAAUACGAUUUCGGUUCGCCGAGCGCAGUCAAGGUCAAAGAAGCAAUGCAUCAGCUUGACGGGCCGUACAAACGCAUACAGGGUUGGAUACACAUCACAAAAGCGCCAGCCAGCCAAGCGGCUGGAACAGUGCAGGCGAGAAUGUCGUACGCCGUCUCGCCAUCUGUCAAUGUGGACAGUAUCAAGUACGUUUUAGCACCAGACGGCCUCACAAUUGGCAACCCUUCUAGAGCACCAGGUUUCGAAGGUGUGCCGGCCGGCUCGGCUUGCCUGGGUAUGUCUAUAGUCCUUUACAUGGCGCCAGGCGCCACGCUCGAAACGCUGGCAAUCGAAGCGACGCAUCUCGGCAUGCAGAUUCACAGCGGCGUUGAGUUCUCGGUCACGAACAUGACUACCAUCUCGCUCACCUCAGGGACAUUGGACGCCGCGUCGUUGGACUCACGAGAAAUUCGCUUAAGGACAACUUCUGGUUCAGUCAGUGGCAAGUACAGCCUUUCAAACCUCUUGAUCGUCGAUACCAAGACCGGUUCAGUCAAUGUUGAUGUCAAGCCCAAAGCUACAGCACCAGGAGAGUCAGGGCUAGCCAUUUUCAAGGCGAACUCUCAUUCAGGAAGCAUGCGCAUCGACUUCGAGCGCAAACACAUCCCUGAGCGAGACUACCAGAUACUUCUCAACACAACCGUAGGUUCGGUUGACGGGAUGUUCAUUCACGGCUCCAAAACUGAAAUUUACUCUGUGGCAGGCUCCGUCACUGCUGACAUCUUGCCUUUCAAGUCUGGUGCAUACUCAUCAAUGCUGCAAACAAGCACGCAUUCUGGACAAAUGAAUGUUACCUUGCGUACACCGUACAAGGCGAAAGGGGUCCCUAUGAUGGGUCUAACGAGUGUUCACAAGAGCAUAUCCGGAGGCAUGGGACUAAGAUAUCCGAAAGAAUGGCAGGGCAAGAUCGAUGGGACAAGUCUGAGUGGAGAAUUGCAUUUGCAGGGAAACGAACUGCAGUUGAUGAGUGAAAACGACUUGCCAGGAAAAAAUCAUGUCGAAGCACAGAAAGGGGGUGGAGGGAGUGAAAUGAUAUUCGAUACUGUGAGUGGAGGAUGCGAUGUCAAAGUUGGGAAGUCGUAG